AUGCCCGAGCGAAAUUACCGCUUUGUCAUGCUCUUCAUCUUCUGCCUGUUUGCUGCUCGAGUGCUAGCAGGUGUAGUGGCUGAACUCGACUACUCCGAACCGAAUUGGACAUUUAGGAUCGCAGUUCUAGCGCUAGCUGCGGGUGAGAUGGUCUUGCUGAUCGUCGGCCUCACUGGUAUCGGUAUGUUACAUGGCUGGACUGAAGGUAUCGGCUAUCACAUGCGAGAGUACUACACACCUUUAUGGUUAUGUGCAGUGCUGAUGUGUCUAUUACUGGCGCUUGUUAUUUCGCUUUUCUUCGUAUUCGUCUGCCUUCAUUGCAAUCAUCCGGGUAUUAUUAAGCAGCACAUUAUUUUGUUGAUGGUUAUGUGCAGUGCUGAUGUGUCUAUUACUGGCGCUUGUUAUUUCGCUUUUCUUCGUAUUCGUCUGCCUUCAUUGCAAUCAUCCGGGUAUUAUUAA